CCCACCUUACAUUCUCUACCCAGCAAACCACAUAUACACCUAGCUCUGGCAUAAUCCGAAUAAGCCAUACAGUAUCAUAUUCGUACUUCUUCCAACACCCCGCUUCCUCUCAACCAAAUCCCAACACACACCAACCCCAACACGACCAUACCACACCACCAUGGUCCGCCUCAAAAACCGCUACCUCCUCGUGGACAUCCUCUACCCAGAUCCAAAAACCUGGCCCACAACCCCAACAACAAAACCCCACAACCCCCAACUAGCAAUCCACUCCCCAACCUCCGACGCUUUGACCCAGGGCUUCCUAGCAAAGAUGAUCCGCGAGUCCGUCGCAGAGCUAUACGGCGACUAUGGAAUCGGCAAGCUAGGCGGUGCCUCUGCAGGCGGGGUAACGAUAAAAUAUCUCUCACCAGCAACAUCCACCGCUAUCGUGCGGUGUCCGCGCGCCUCCUUCCGCCUCGUCUGGUCAGCACUUACGUACAUGUCCGGCGUGCCGGAGCCGACGAGUGGGCAGAAACGCGCGGGGACGGGACGCGAGCGUGGGUGUGUCUUCCGCGUGAUUCGGGUUUCGGGGACGAUGAGGAAGGCGGAGGAGGAGGCUAUUCGACGGGCUAGGAGGGAGAUUGUUAGGGUUAAGGAUGCGGAGGAGAAGGGGGUUCUUGGGGGG